UCCCCUCCCUCGCCGGCCCGGCCCCGCACGGCCCCGCACGGCACGGGGGGUUGCCAUGACGAGCGUUUUCUCCCGUUAGCACCGGGACCGCUCCCCUCCAGCCCAUGGCCAGUCGCGGGGGCUCCGCCGCCAACCGGGCGCCGUGGGACCGGACCCGCUCCAGUUGCUGUGGUAUCCAGGGAGCCCUCCUCCUCCUCCUCCUCCUCCUCCUCCUCCUCCCGCUGCAGGAGCUGCACGCCGGGCGUUGCUAAGGUCGCCUCCGCGGUAACAUGCACAUCCUGUUUACACCUUCAUCCCGACAAGUUGGGCUCGGAUAGAGCCGCCCGUUCCCCCCGGGAAGCCCCCAGGGAAGGAGCCACACGGAGCAUCCCCCCACCGGAGCCGCCGGAGCCGCCGGAGCCGCGAGCCAGGCCGCCCCAGGAGCGCCGCGCCGGUGGCGCCGGAGCCGCGACAAGAUGACCAACAACGUGGCCGACCACCACCCCGGGAACUCGGUGGCCGAGGGCAACCAUGAGGGGGACUUUGGGUGCUCCUUGGUGGAGCUCAGGAACCUCAUGGAGCUGAGGAGCGCCGAGGCCGUGGCCCGGCUCAACGACUCCUAUGGCGGCGUCCAGAACGUCUGCAAGAGGUUGAAGACGUCGCCGGUCGAAGGCCUGUCCGGGAACCCCACGGACCUGGAGAAGCGGCGCCAGGUCUUCGGCCAGAACUUCAUCCCCCCGAAGAAGGCCAAGACGUUCCUGCAGCUGGUGUGGGAGGCGCUGCAGGACGUGACGCUCAUCAUCCUGGAGAUCGCCGCCAUCAUCUCCCUGGGGCUCUCCUUCUACCACCCCCCGGGCGGGGACAACGAGCUGUGCGGGCAGUCCACGGGCGGCGUGGAGGACGAGGGCGAGUCGCAGGCGGGCUGGAUCGAGGGCGCUGCCAUCCUCUUCUCCGUCAUCAUCGUGGUGCUGGUGACGGCCUUCAACGACUGGAGCAAGGAGAAGCAGUUCCGGGGCCUCCAGAGCCGCAUCGAGCAGGAGCAGAAGUUCACGGUGAUCCGCAAGGGCCAGGUGAUCCAGAUCCCCGUGGCCGAGAUCGUGGUGGGGGACAUCGCCCAGAUCAAGUACGGUGAUCUCCUGCCAGCAGACGGGAUCCUGAUCCAGGGCAAUGACCUGAAGAUAGAUGAGAGCUCGCUGACAGGGGAGUCAGACCAGGUGAAGAAAUCCAUGGAUAAAGACCCCAUGCUGCUGUCAGGUACCCACGUGAUGGAGGGCUCGGGCAGGAUGGUGGUGACUGCCGUGGGCAUCAACUCCCAGACGGGGAUCAUCUUCACCCUCUUGGGAGCAGGAGAAGGGGACGAGGAGAAGAAAGUGAAGAAAGGUAAAAAAAGCGGAGCCCCCGAAAACCGCAACAAAGCUAAAACUCAGGAUGGUGUGGCCUUAGAGAUCCAGCCCCUGAAGAGCCAGGAGGGGGUGGAGAACGAGGAGAAGGAGAAGAAGAAGGUGAAGGUGCCCAAGAAGGAGAAGUCGGUGCUGCAGGGGAAGCUCACGCGCCUGGCGGUGCAGAUCGGGAAGGCAGGGCUGAUCAUGUCGGCCAUCACCGUCAUCAUCUUGGUGCUCUACUUCGUCAUCGACACCUUCGGGGUGCAGGGCCGGCCCUGGCUGGCCGAGUGCACCCCCAUCUACAUCCAGUACUUCGUCAAGUUCUUCAUCAUCGGCGUCACCGUGCUGGUGGUGGCCGUGCCCGAGGGGCUCCCGCUGGCCGUCACCAUCUCGCUGGCCUACUCCGUCAAGAAAAUGAUGAAGGACAACAACCUGGUGAGGCACCUGGACGCCUGCGAGACCAUGGGCAACGCCACGGCCAUCUGCUCGGACAAGACGGGCACGCUGACCAUGAACCGCAUGACCGUGGUGCAGGCCUACGUGGGGGACACCCACUACCGCCAGAUCCCCGACCCCGAGGCCAUCCUGCCCAAAAUCCUGGACCUCAUCGUCCACGGCGUGGCCAUCAACUCUGCCUACACCUCCAAAAUCCUGCCGCCGGAGAAGGAAGGGGGCCUGCCCCGCCAGGUGGGCAACAAGACCGAGUGUGCCCUGCUGGGCUUCGUGCUGGACCUGAAGCAGGACUACCAGGCCGUGCGCAACGAGGUGCCCGAGGAGAAGCUCUACAAGGUCUACACCUUCAACUCCGUGCGCAAGUCCAUGAGCACCGUGCUGAGGAACAGCGGCGGCGGCUUCCGCAUGUACAGCAAGGGCGCCUCCGAGAUCAUCCUGCGCAAGUGCACCAAGAUCCUGGACAAGAACGGCGAGCCGCGGGUGUUCAAGGUGAAGGACAGGGACGAGAUGGUGAAGAAGGUGAUCGAGCCCAUGGCCUGCCACGGGCUCAGGACCAUCUGCCUGGCAUUCCGGGAUUUCCCUGCGGAGCCGGAGCCCGACUGGGACAGCGAGAACGAGAUCCUGUCUGAGCUGACCUGCAUCGCUGUGGUGGGGAUCGAGGAUCCCGUACGGCCCGAGGUGCCCGACGCCAUCCUGAAGUGCCAGCGCGCGGGCAUCACCGUCCGCAUGGUGACAGGGGACAACAUCAACACCGCCCGCGCCAUCGCCACCAAGUGUGGCAUCCUGCUGCCCGGGGAGGACUUCCUGUGCCUGGAGGGGAAGGAGUUCAACCGCCUCAUCCGCAACGAGAAGGGAGAGGUGGAGCAGGAGCAGCUGGACAAGAUCUGGCCCAAGCUGCGGGUGCUGGCGCGCUCCUCGCCCACGGACAAGCACACCCUGGUGAAAGGAAUCAUCGACAGCACCGUGGGUGACCAGAGGCAGGUGGUGGCUGUGACGGGGGACGGCACCAACGACGGCCCAGCCCUGAAGAAAGCAGACGUUGGGUUUGCCAUGGGCAUCGCGGGCACGGACGUGGCCAAGGAGGCCUCGGACAUCAUCCUGACGGACGACAACUUCACCAGCAUCGUCAAGGCCGUCAUGUGGGGCCGCAACGUCUACGACAGCAUCUCCAAGUUCCUGCAGUUCCAGCUGACCGUCAACGUGGUGGCCGUCAUCGUGGCCUUCACCGGCGCCUGCAUCACCCAGGACUCCCCGCUGAAGGCCGUGCAGAUGCUGUGGGUGAACCUGAUCAUGGACACGUUUGCCUCGCUGGCGCUGGCCACGGAGCCGCCGUCGGAGUCGCUGCUGCUGCGCAAACCCUACGGGCGCAACAAGCCGCUCAUCUCCCGCACCAUGAUGAAAAACAUCCUGGGCCACGCCGUCUACCAGCUCACCAUCAUCUUCACCCUGCUCUUCGCCGGGGAGCAGUUUUUCGACAUCGACAGCGGCCGGAACGCGCCCCUGCACUCCCCCCCCACGGAGCACUACACCAUCGUCUUCAACACCUUCGUGAUGAUGCAGCUCUUCAACGAGAUCAACGCCCGCAAGAUCCACGGCGAGAGGAACGUCUUCGAGGGCGUCUACCGCAACCCCAUCUUCUGCAGCGUGGUGCUGGGCACCUUCUUCGCCCAGAUCAUCAUUGUGGAGUUUGGUGGGAAGCCCUUCAGCUGCUCCGGGCUCACCCUGAGCCAGUGGUUCUGGUGCAUCUUCAUCGGAGUGGGAGAGCUCCUGUGGGGCCAGCUGAUCUGCACCGUCCCAACGAGCCACCUGAAGUUCCUGAAGGAAGCCGGGCACGGCAUCACCAAGGAGGAGAUCCCCGAGGAGGAGCUGCCCGAGGACGUGGACGAGAUCGACCACGCUGAGAUGGAGCUGCGGCGGGGGCAGAUCCUGUGGUUCCGGGGGCUCAACAGGAUCCAGACCCAGAUGGACGUAGUUUACACAUUCCAGACCGGCGCCUCCUCUUUGCAGGGAGCCCUCAGGAGACAGCCUUCCAUCGUGAGCCAGCACCACGAUGUAAAAAAUGUUUCUAGCCCAACCCAUGUAGCUCUUUCCUCCGUCAAUUCCACUCCCACCACUUCUGCUGUUGCUGCUGCUGCUGCAUCUCCUCCUGCGGGCAAUCAAAGUGGUGAAUGCGUUCCGUAGCUCCCUCUACGAAGGCCUCGAGAAACCCGAAUCCAGAAGCUCCAUCCAUAACUUCAUGACUCACCCCGAGUUCAUCCUGGAGGAAGACGAGCCUCGGACACCAUUCCUGGACGGCACCGAAGACGAGCCCGAGCCUGAGGGACUCCAAAAGCGAGGUGGGGGCAGCCUGGGGGGCUCCACGGCCCUCAACAGGAACAACAACGCCGUGGACAGCCAGUUCAGCUUCCCCGAGCCCGGGAGCCCCUUCCACAGCCUGGAGACCUCUGUUUGACCCUAGAACUUGGAAUUCCCCCUCCUCCUCCUCCUCCUCCUCUUCCUCAUCCUCAUCCACCUCAACCCUGUGUGAUGCCAGCAGCAGUAACUGGUCACACACGCUGCGGUCACUCCGUGUCAAACUGCUCAUGCCUGUAUCAUCAUCUGGGUUUUUGGGGGUUUUUUGGGGGGUUUGGGGGGGUGUUCAUCUGUUUUUUGGGGUUUUUUUUUAUUUUGUUUUUUUUAUUUUUUUUUUUUUACCGUUAUUUAGCAGUGGGAAGCAGAGUACCACCACGCUGGGUGUUGGGAGAGAGGCUAAGCCAAAAAAAAAACAACAAAAAAAACCACCAAUUGUGCAUCUCCAUCCCUGAUUUUCCGUGGUACUCACCCAGGGGAAGCUGCAGCUUCUUUCCUCUCCAAGAGUUGGGCUCCAGGCACCUGGAGCCAGGGGGUUUCACUUUGGAAAAAUGCAUGUUCCAAGGAAAUUCAAAUUGUUGUAGUCUUACACGCCCUCAGCCCAAAGGCUGGGGGUGCACUUGUGACUUGAUUUUUUUUUUUUUUUUUUUUUGUGUGUGUGGUUUUUUGGGUUUUUUUCCCACACGUGAUUUUUUGGGGUUUUUUUUUCCUUCUAACGUUGGGGUUUGCUCUUUGCUUGUGGGAUUUUCCCCCCAGUGGGAAGUGGGGAGGGGCAGUCACUGCUCCAGUGUGAAAAUUAAGGAAUAAACUAAAAAAAUCCCAGCCAGGGGAAGGUGUUUACUCCAAGGUUCAGAGAUCCAGGGAUGCCCACCAGUCUUCCAGCUUUGAAAAAUGGCACCUGGGCUUUUUCCAGCUCUGCCUCUGUGGGUGCCCACACGUUUUCCUCUCUCUGUUUCCAAACCGGGAGAUGAGAAAUGAAUGUGGGGCUUGGCUCUAACCUCGCUGGAGGGGAGAGAUUCUGAUUUUCCUGCAAAAGUGGAGGUGAAACUGCCAGGGAAAAGGUGAGGAAAGCCCCCCCGUGUGAGGGAUGCAGCUUCUUCCUGAGGAAUUCUCUAGGAAUUCUCUUCUCCUGCUUUGGGAGAGGCCUCUCUGCUGCUCUUGCUCGGGGAGGGAACUCUUGGGGUGAGGAUUUUUGCAGCUCUCCCGCUCCUGCCCUCCAGAGCAGAUGGAUUUUUGCCUUUUUUCCUCUGUGUUUUUGGGGUCCAGCCCCCCUCAGCCCCGCAGUGAUCCGGGAGGAGGCUCCAGCCCUGCCCAAAAGCUGUGGGAGGCUGAGUGGAGGAUGCUGAGGAUGCUCCUGGAUCCUGGGAGGGAUCCCAGAUUUUCCCAGAUUUUGGCUUGGAUGGCUGCAGGGCUCCCAGAGAAGCUGCUGCUGGAGAAGCUGCAGCUCGCUUUGGCUGCAUUUUUUUGGAGUUCAUGUCCUCCCCUCGAGCCUUGGGAGAGUCCCUUUUCCUUGGAGUUGCCUCUGGAUUGUCCCUCUGGAGCAGCAGGCAGGGCUUGGGAGGCUCUGCCACCUCCCUGCCCUGCUCCAGCCCCUCUGGCUGGCUCUGGAGCAGAGAGGAGGAGCUGGAAGCGAGGUCGUUCCCACCCCUGGAUGGGAAAACCCUGGAAUUGCAAGGGAUGGGAUUCCCAGGGAUGGGAUUCCAAAGGAUGGGAUCCAAACCCUGGGAUUUCAAACCUUGGGAUUUCAAACCCUGGGUUCCAAACCCUGGGAUUUCAAACCCUGGGAUUUCAAAUCCUGGGAUCCAAACCCUGGGAUUCCAAACCCUGGGAUGCAAACCCUGGGAUUUCAAACCCUGGGAUUUCAAACCCUGGGAUUUCAAACCCUGGGAUUCCAAACCCUGCGAUUCCAAACCUUAGGAUCCAAACCCUGGGAUCCAAACCCUGGGAUUCCAAACCCUGGGAUCCAAACCCUGCGGAUCCAAACCCUGGGAUUUCAAACCCUGGGAUUUCAAACCCUGGGAUUCCAAACCCUGGGAUCCAAACCCUGGGAUUCCAAACCCUGGGAUCCAAACCCUGGGAUUUCAAAUCCUGGAUUUCAAACACUGAGAUUUCAAACCCUGGGAUCCAAACCCUGGGAUUUCAAACCUUGGGAAUUCAAACCCUGGGAUGCAAACCCUGGGAUCCAAACCCUGGGAUUUCAAACCUUAGGAUCCAAACCCUGGGAUACCAAACCCUGGGAUCCAAACCCUGAGAUUCCAAACCCUGAGAUUUCAAACCCUGGGAUUCCAAACCCUGCGAUUCCAAACCUUGGGAUUCCAAACCCUGGGAUUUCAAACCCUGGGAUGCAAACCCUGGGAUUCCAAAUCCUGGGAUUUCAAAGCCUGAGAAUUCAAACCCUGCAAUUCCAAAGGCUGAGUAAGGGUUGUUUUUUUUAUUUUUUUGGGAAAGGUUUUGGCUCUGGCUGGGUUCUGCUCCUGCCCCGUCCCACCAGGAGCUCCCAGCGGAAUCUCCCGUGCCUUGUCCGAGCACUGCCUGCAGCACCUCCUGCCACGCCAGGCCCAGAUUUAACCUUUGCCAAGAUUUUUAAGUGUUCCUUAAAUAAAACCACAAACACAAACCAAGUGUCUUCGCUUCGCCCCCGGCACCGCCGCGGCCUGGGAGGAGGAGGAGGAGGAGGAGGAGGAGGAAGGAGCAGCUCGCUCCUGCUGAGGAGAAGAUUUUUAUCCCAAAAAUCCCAAAUUAUACCCCAAAUUUCCCUGGUGCUGGCCAGCUGGGCUUUGUUCACUGCCAACAGCAAGAAGAAAUUGCCACCACUGCCCGUCCCCAGUGCAAAUUCAGUGUCCACCCCAUGCCCGGCUCCUCCUUCCCCCCAAAAAUAACCCAGGGGAGCGAGGGGAUUUUGGGUUAAACAACAAAAGCAAACCCCAAACGAGGGGUGGUUGUGGGGUUUUGGUUCUGUGCUAAAGGUGACGUUGCUUUAAAAAAAAAAAAAAAAAUUCACUUUUUCUAUUUUAAAUACUUGCAAAAAAGCCAAAAAAAAAUAUAUAUGGUGUUCUUACAAGCUUACUAAAUAUUUAUUAAAUACUUUUUUGGGGGGAUGCACCGAUUUUUUUUUUUCUUUUUGAUAUUUUUUUUUAAUACCUCAGACCUGUUGAAAAAAUAGAAAUUUAAAAACAAAAAAAAAAAAAAGAAGACUCAAACCAACAACAACUUCAAACCAACUUUGGAGGCUCUCAAAGUCACUCCCAAAAAAUCUGUGACUUGGCAGGGUUUGCCACAAAGGGUCUGGUCGUUCCUUUAGUUUGCUCUAUUUUUGUUGUUCUAGUUGCCAUUUUAAGAGUGGGUGGGGAGGGAAGGGAGGGAGAAAUAAUGCUAUAUAUAAAUAUUAUGCAAAAAAAAAAAAAAAAAAAAAGAAAAAGAAAAAAAAUCUAGUUUUCUUUAGCUCAGAAACUGAUAUUUUUACGUCAGCCAUAUGUAUUUUGUUUAAAGAAAAUAAAGAACUAUCGAGUCCCGCCGCUGCCUGAGGGCAGUUGCAAGGGACACUUUAAUUAAUUCCGUGGAUUAAUUAAUUCAGCCAUCGGAUGCCAGUCAGCUUCCUUUUCUCUGAGCAGCCAUCUUUCUACUAGCCGUGAGUUGGAUGACACAAAUGGCUUGUUUUUUUUAUAUAAAUAUCUAUAAAUUAUGUUGGUGUAUGGCUGGUUGCUUCAAGUAUAAAUGUUUCUUGUGCAGAUUUCCUGUAAAGUUUUGUUUUUUUGGGGUUCAGUUUCAGUGAUAUCCUGGCAGCAGCUGACUCUUGGCUUAAGUUAUUGAGGACAUUACACAAAAAAACAACAAAAAAAAUAUAUAUAGGGGAGAUUGGUGCUCCAAAAAAAACAAAAAUAAAAACAAAAAAACAAAAGGCAUGGUCAGCGGGCAGCACGGACUUUUGGGGACUUUCUGCAACAUGCCUUGACUAGGGGGAGAUAUAAAUAUCCAUAUAAAUAUAUAUUAUAAUGAAUAAUUUUUGGGUUUUUUCUUUUUUUUUUGCUUUGUUUGAACUGCCACGAGCGCGCGCGGAGCAGGGGAGGGCCGGGACCCAAAGCCACCCCCUCCCUCCUCCUUGUGAUCAACUUGUGCUUUGUUAUUAAAACACUCUGAACAUCCUUCUGCAUCCAGUUCUUGCUCCCAGCAGGGCGGAUUUUCCCAUUUUUUCCGUGGAUUUUCCCAUUUUUUCCGUGGAUUUUCCGUGGAAUUGGCGGAUCGGUACCAAAGACGUCGCGGGCUGGCCAAGCAGCUCUCGAGGCGUUCUCCUGCUGAGGUUUUUAUCAUCAAGGGGGUGGGGAGGGAGGUUUAAUUUCAUUUUUUUUAUUUUUCCCCAAGUUUUCCGUGCAAUAAAGUGAAAUUUCCCAACCGAUCUCGCGAAGGAAAUAAACCAAACCGCGUUUUUAGCAUGGGCGGCCCUUUCCUCCCCUCACGCUCUGGGCCAAUAAUCUCCUUUUUCCCACCCAAAAAGGGAUUUUGGCGUUUUUUCCUCUCACCCAAAAUGCCUCCUGCACCCCCAGAUCUCCACAUGGGAUGUGGGGGAACCUUUUCUUGCUUAUUUUCCACCCAAACAGGGAUUUUGCCACUUUCUUCCCUCACCCAAAAUCCUGCACCUCCAAAUCAUCCCUUGAAAACGAUGUGGGAAAUCCUUUUCUUGUUUAUUUUCCACCCAAACGGCGAUUUUGGCAUUUUCCCCCCACCCAAAAUCCUGCACCUCUCCAAAUCAUCCCUUGAAAAGGAUGUGGGAAAUCCUUUUCUUGUUUAUUUUCCACCCAAACGGGGAAUUUUUGCCACUUUCUUCCCUCACCCAAAAUGUUUCCUACCCCCCAAAUCUCCCUGUGGGAUGUGGGGAAUCCUUUUUCUGCUCUUUUUCUGCUCUUUUUCCACCCAAAUGGGCAUUUUGGCAUUUCCCCCCUCAACCAAAAUGCCUCUUGCACCUCUUUUCUCAUUAAUUUUCCAAUCCAAACGGGGAUUUUGCUGUUUUCCCCCCAUCCAAAAUGCUUCCAGCACCCCCAAAUCAUCCCCUUGGGAUCUGGGGAGUCCUUUUCUUGUUUAUUUUCCACCCAAACAGGGAUUUUGGUGUUUUCCCCCCUCACCCAAAAUGCCUCCUACACCCCCAAAUUAUCCUCUCAGGAUUUGGGGAAUCCUUUUCCCGUUAAUUUUUCACCCAAACGGGGAUUUUGGCAUUUUCCCCCCACCCAAAAUCCUGCAUCUCUCCAAAUCAUCCCUUGAAAAGGAUGUGGGAAAUCCUUUUCUUGUUUAUUUUCCACCCAAACGGGGAUUUGGGCACUUCUCCCCCUCACCCCAAAUUCCCCAAUUUCCCAAUUUCUCUCCCCAAAUUCCCCAAUUUUCAUCCAGCAAAGCCCACGGCUAAAACUGCCUUUAGUUUAUUUCCUCCCCUUCAAUAAAUAUAUAUAUAUAUACAGUCUGAACUCAACAUUUAUGUGUGUGUAUUUAUAUUUAUCCAACGUUCUCACACAACAACAAAAAAAACAACUUUCUUUUGAAGAGGGCAUGUGAAACUAAGUUUUUAUUUUUAUUUUUUUUUUCCCAGUAACUCAGUAUAAUAAGCACUGGUAUUUUUGUAUUAAAAAAGAAAAAAAAAACCCAAAAUACGAAACAAAAGACUGAAUAUUAUGUGGUAUGCAUGACAUUAAAAAAACAAAACAAUGGUGGUUUCAAAGCAAUAUGUACCCUGGUGUGUUUGCCAUAUCCUAGAGUCCAGCUUAAAGUGCACCUGAUCUGUAUUGCAUUUUGAUAUUAAUCUCUAUGUACAAUGUUUUGCAUGUAAUUUAUAUGGAUCUUGGGAGAAAAAAACAAAAAAAAAAGGAAAAAAAAGACCAACAAAACCAGAAUUUGAAUGAAUUGUGCGUUGGUUUCUUCUGAGCAAACAAACUCCAAGCAGAGAUGAAACUCCAAAGUGGAAGCAGCGGUUGAGGGGUGGGAAAAGAAGGUGCAGUAAAAUAAAAAUAAAAAUUAAAUUAAAUAAAGAGGGAGAAGGGGAACGGUUUGGAAUUAAUGAAGAUUUUUUUUGGCUGUUGAGCAGGAACGAUGCAUCCAGAGAAUAAAAUGUGCCCACGUGUAAA